AUGACGGUCGCCGAGCUGCAGGCGGAGCUGCUCUGCGCCCAGCUCGAGGAGCAGAAUAGUAAUAAUAAAUCUUCGCCUCUCUUGCUCGUUCGCCCCUGGAUCGGCGUGUUCCGUUGCGGUCCUGGUGUUAUAUACUGUUGGUUGUUGCAUUUUCUUAACUUGUCCACACAAUUCCAGGUUAUGUUUGUCCUCUCCAAGCCAGAUGUCUUCAAGAGCUCAAACUCAGAUACCUACGUCAUGUUCGGGGAGGCCAAGAUUGAGGACCUGAGCACUCAGCUGCAUUCACAAGCGGCGGAGCAGUUCAAGGCGCCGAGCCCAAGCGGCAUCAUCUUGAAGGGCGAGCCGUCCAUGGCAGCAGCCCAUGACGACGAGGAGGUUGAUGAGACUGGUGUUGACAAGAAGGACGUUGAGUUCGUGAUGACGCAAGCCUCCGUGCCGAGAUCCAGGGCUGUGAAGGCGCUCAAGGAUGCGGGCAGCGACAUCGUCAGCGCCAUCAUGGAGUUGACUAACUAGGUAGGUGCCCGUAGGUGGAAUUGUGUCCUGAUAAUAGGGUCUUGGAUAGCAAAGCAGUCUUUUGGUGUGCCAUCUUGAAUGUUGCAGUUGCGGGAUUGGAUGUUCUGUCUCUCUGUUGAAACUAGCACUGGGAUGUAGGUUUCGUUGGUGUUUUAAACAUCUGAUGAUCACAAACUGCUUGCUCUUUAUGGGAAAUAUCUGAUUCGACUGUGCCAAAUUUUGCUACAACUGCAUGUCACUCUGUUUUGAGACAAUAUGUUCGUUCUAGUUAGCUUUUGAA